GUCUGAGAAAAGCCAUUUUGUUGUGCUAGCUGGGUUUAUGUUAACGAAAGCCAGCAGUAAUUUGGGAUUUUUAUGUCAGCGCUAACGAUGUCGCGUUUAUGUGUUAGUGUACUGUCGCAAAAUACAACAGUUAAACUCGUGGAGGCCUGUAAGUAGCCGAUGGGGAUAUGGACUAGCUUGUGAAGCUAUAGAGCUGAUGAGAAGACGAGAAGUGUUUGCUAAAGUGUGCUGCAGGUUCAGAUAACAUACUGUUAGCUAGCAGUGUGUUUACUUAGCAGGAGGUAGUUAUGUUUUCGGAUUAGUUAACCUCGUAUUAAGUCAUUUUUUUCCCCGUGAAUGUAUUUUAAAUAGGCUGCGAGUGCCUGUGCUGUCAACCAAAGACAAGUAACUUAAUAUAGAGGCUGCCCCUUUGACGGCGAGUAAACAGCCCGUCAGUAAGUUAGCAAAACACUUGAACCAUACAGCGAUAAGCCAAAGCGCUAAUCUGAUAAUGGCAGAGGACACCCGACAGGACAAGAGGGCCAGCUUCUCUAUAACGGAACACAGUGCCAACGGGAUGGCCAGGACCUCCGCUGUGGCCUCAGGCAAAACCGGCACGUCAAAGAAACUAGUGAUCAAAAAUUUCAAAGAUAGGCCAAAACUAGCAGAGAACUACACCGAGGACACGUGGCUGAAGCUGCGAGAUGCGGUGGGUGCAAUCCAGAACAGCACCUCCAUCAAGUAUAACCUGGAGGAGCUCUAUCAGGCGGUGGAGAACCUGUGCUCGUAUAAAGUCUCACCGACUCUGUACAAGCAGCUUCGGCAAGUCUGUGAAGAUCACGUGCAGGCCCAGAUCCACCAGUUUAGAGAAGAGUCUUUGGACAACCUUUCCUUCCUGAAGCGAAUGAAUCGCUGCUGGCAGGACCACUGUAGGCAAACUAUAAUGAUCCGGAGCAUCUUUCUCUUCCUGGAUCGUACCUAUGUGCUGCAGAACUCUCUACUCCCUUCUAUCUGGGACACCGGUUUGGAGCUGUUUCGCACCCACAUCGUGAGCGACAGUGCUGUUCAAAAGCGAACAGUGGAAGGCAUUUUGGAGCAGAUUGAACUGGAGCGGAAUGGAGAGACCGUGGACCGGAGUCUGCUUAGGAGUCUUCUUGGCAUGCUGUCAGACCUGCAGGUUUACAAAGACUCCUUUGAGGAGAGAUUUUUGACUGAGACCAAUCGUCUGUAUGCAGCAGAGGGACAGCAUCUGAUGCAGGAGAGAGACGUACCCGAGUACCUGCACCACGUGGCUCGUCGGUUGGAGGAGGAAAAUGAUCGAAUCGUGAGCUACCUCGAUCAGAGCACUCAGAAACGUCUCAUUAGCUGUGUUGAGAAACAGCUGUUAGAAGAACAUAUGACUGCAAUACUGCAAAAGGGUCUGAGCACUCUGCUGGAUGAGAAUCGUGUGACUGAACUCACCCUCCUCUACCAGCUCUUCAGCAAAGUGAAGGGAGGACUUCCCACACUGCUGCAGUUCUGGAGGGAUUACAUCAAGUCCUUUGGAGGAGAGAUUGUAUGCACUCCAGAGAAAGACAAAGACAUGGUACAAGACCUGCUGGACUUCAAAGACAAGAUGGACAACGUGGCACAGAGCUGCUUUGCACGCAAUGAGAGCUUCAUCAAUGCCAUGAAGGAGGCUUUUGAAACUUUCAUCAACAAGAGGCCCAACAAGCCUGCAGAGCUUAUCGCUAAAUAUGUGGAUUCUAAGUUAAGAGCUGGGAACAAGGAGGCUACGGAGGAGGAGCUGGAGAGAAUACUGGAUAAGAUAAUGAUAAUCUUCCGCUUCAUACACGGAAAAGAUGUGUUUGAAGCUUUUUAUAAGAAGGACUUGGCCAAACGCCUGCUGGUUGGCAAGAGUGCCUCUGUUGAUGCUGAGAAGUCCAUGCUGUCCAAGCUCAAACACGAAUGUGGGGCGGCGUUUACCAGUAAACUCGAGGGGAUGUUUAAAGACAUGGAGCUGUCCAAAGACAUCAUGAUCCAGUUCAAACAGUAUAUGCAGAACCAGAGUGAGCCAAGCAACAUAGAACUUACUGUGAACAUCCUCACUAUGGGCUACUGGCCUUCAUACACACCCAUGGAGGUGCACCUGCCCACAGAGAUGGUAAAACUCCAGGAGGUGUUCAAGCUGUUCUAUCUGGGUAAGCACAGUGGGAGGAAGCUGCAGUGGCAGCCCACACUGGGCCAUGCUGUACUGAAGGCAGAGUUUAAAGAGGGUAAGAAGGAACUGCAGGUCUCCUUGUUCCAGACGCUGGUACUGCUCAUGUUUAAUGAGGGAGAAGAGUUCAGCAUGGAGGAGAUUCGGGCUGCCACUGGCAUAGAAGAGGGAGAGCUCAAGCGCACGCUGCAGUCUCUGGCCUGCGGAAAGGCACGCGUCCUCAACAAGAACCCUCGAGGGAAAGAUGUGGAGGACGGAGACCGUUUCAACUUCAACAAUGAUUUUAAACAUAAACUGUUCCGCAUCAAGAUCAACCAGAUCCAAAUGAAGGAAACGGUAGAGGAGCAGGUGAGCACCACAGAGCGUGUGUUUCAGGACAGACAGUAUCAGAUCGAUGCAGCAGUGGUGCGCAUCAUGAAGAUGAGGAAGACCCUCAGUCACAACUUGCUGGUAUCGGAGCUCUACAACCAGCUGAAGUUCCCUGUCAAGCCGGGUGAUCUGAAGAAGCGGAUCGAGUCGCUCAUAGAUAGAGACUACAUGGAACGUGACAAGGAGACUCCUAACCAGUACCACUAUGUUGCCUGAAGGGGUACCGCUGUCACCGUCAUGCUUUUUUCACAGCAAGCGUGCAGCUGGCCCCGUAGCACAGGACUACAGCCCCUCAGCCACCCGACUCUCCUCUGGUGCCCAUCUUUCCCUCCGUCCACUCUCCUGGACACAAGGUCCAGAUGACACAGAGCUCCAGAGAGACGAGAGACACUUGGCUGUGCUGCUCCCAUUCUGCAAUAUCCUUAGUGGGACUCUAAGAUUGGGCUGGAGGAGUGGCCCAGGUUGUUGUUGAUGGUUGAUUCAUGUGACUUGCAAAUCUGCUAAUGCAACACACAACAGAAAAUAACUAGCACUUUCCUCUGUUUUUGUUUAGUUUUGUUUUCCCCUCAGAUUGGAUUAUUUUUCUCCAUGUUAUUCUAAUAUCACUUAUUUUCUAUUAUAGGUUGUUUGUCUUGAGUUUUAUGAAUUCUGUUUGGUUUUUUUUGGUUGUUGUUUUAGAUGUUUUUCUUAUGAACGGCUGCAUAAACUGCUGAGUAUAAGCCUGACUGGCUGGUUACUUGACACAGCUGUUGAGGAUGAGACGAGUAAAGAGCACAGAUGCUAAAACAUAUGCAGGCAAGCUGCUCGGGUAUUACGUUUGGCAUCUUUGUUAUUUGUUUUGACCAAAAUGUCCAAAUGUUCACUGUCAUGUGCUGAUGUUUUCGUAGACCAGAUUGUGUUCUGUGUAGGAGUGCGGAAAGUGAAGCUGAAUAAAUGGGUAUUUAAUGAUUCA